GCGCUCGCUCGCUCCCUCCUCCACGCGCUGUCCCAUUUCGACUCCGCUGCAGGAGCAGAGGGGCAGGAUAGAGAAGACUGCAAGUCUAGGGUUAGGGUUAUUACUAGUCUGGAUACCGACCGCCUGGUCCAAUUCCGGAGAAGAAGAGCAAUAUGGGCGUGAAUUCUUUACCAUCAGACUCGAGCGACGACCUCGACGAGCAGAUCGCCCAGCUCAUGGAAUGCAAGCCACUCUCGGAGCAACAGGUUAGAGCGUUGUGUGACAAGGCUAAGGAGAUAUUAAUGGAGGAAAGCAAUGUCCAGCCUGUGAAAAGCCCUGUAACAAUUUGUGGCGAUAUUCAUGGGCAGUUUCACGAUCUUGCUGAACUUUUUCGAAUUGGAGGGAAGUGUCCAGAUACAAAUUACCUCUUUAUGGGAGAUUAUGUGGACCGUGGGUAUUAUUCUGUCGAAACUGUGACGCUUUUGGUGGCCUUGAAAGUGCGUUAUCCUCAACGGAUUACCAUACUUAGAGGAAACCAUGAAAGUCGUCAGAUUACUCAAGUUUACGGAUUUUAUGAUGAAUGUCUUCGAAAGUAUGGCAAUGCUAAUGUGUGGAAGAUCUUUACAGACCUUUUUGACUAUUUUCCAUUGACUGCAUUGGUUGAGUCAGAGAUAUUUUGUCUGCACGGUGGACUGUCACCAUCAAUUGAAACUCUUGAUAACAUAAGGAAUUUUGAUCGUGUUCAAGAGGUUCCUCAUGAAGGACCCAUGUGUGAUUUGUUAUGGUCUGACCCAGAUGACCGAUGUGGUUGGGGUAUUUCACCUCGCGGUGCUGGAUAUACUUUUGGCCAGGAUAUAUCUGAUCAAUUCAAUCAUUCAAACAACUUAAACUUGAUUGCUAGAGCUCAUCAAUUGGUUAUGGAUGGAUUUAACUGGGCCCAUGAACAAAAGGUGGUCACUAUAUUUAGUGCACCCAAUUAUUGUUAUCGCUGUGGCAACAUGGCCUCUAUCUUGGAAGUUGAUGACUGCAAGAGCCACACGUUCAUCCAGUUUGAGCCAGCUCCUAGGAGAGGAGAGCCAGAUGUUACCCGCAGAACACCCGAUUAUUUCCUAUAAAAUAGCUGCCUUUGUGUGAUAAUGAUGACCAGCUACUUCUUCUAGCAGAUCAUAUAUAUUCAUUACUCUGCUUUCCUACUCUUGGAGUCAGGUGCAUUUGCACCUUUUGUGUGGGAGAUUUAAAAUUUAUGACUUGCCCACCUUCUCCGGUGGUUGCGGCAGCCCUGAAAGAUGUAUAAUAGGAAGGUAAAAUGCUCACUGAUUUGUCUUACCCUUUAAACCUUUCUGGAUUUCCUGUCCGAGAUAUUGCCUAGUUGACACAGAGUCGGCAUGUAUUACUUCUAGCAAAAUUGUGGAUAUUCGUUUUCUUUCUUUUUUUCCCACUUGUAUUUGCUGUCACAUCCCAUCUCUUUUGGCCGACCACAAGGGGGAUGAAUGGAUUUAUGUCUAGUGGAUGGUUUGCCUCGUUUCUUUCAUUUUUCACAACAAUAUGGCCAUAGUAAUGGUUAGACAUUUUUGCUUUUCUCGAUUUAA